GGCUUGCCGCAGGACCCAACGGGUUCCGGCUCAUCUUCUUCCUCCUCUUCCUCCUCCGACCUCGCGGAAUCAGACGAUCGAAACGACGACGACGACGACGAAGACCCGGACAACGUUGACGAGGAGGGCGAUCGGGUCGCCGGUCGCAUGGUUGGCGGUGAGCAGCUGGCAAGACACGAGGAGGACGCUUACGAGAGCGUGGCCAGCGAGGGGAGAUCGCUCGAGUUCCUCGCCACGCCCAGGGAGGCGGCGACCUACGACUCACGAUCUAUGUCGAAGAUCAUCGAUUACGGGAGAAGAUACGAUCACCAGUUUCCUAGCGGUGGGGAGUACACCGAAACAGCGUUAAUGGAGCCGGUGAACGGGCUUCAAGAUUACAGCAGCAGCAGCGCGAACAGCCUCGACGAUCUUUGCCGCGGGCAUCGUCAGCGCGCCCUCAACGAUUUUAAUCGGGGGGACGAGUCGGCGGGCACGCGGGAUCACUACAUGGUUCCGACCAGAGACCCGAGAGAGUUGAACGAGAGGAUCCUUUCCCUGUUCAAUCCACAGUUCCUGCCGAAUUUCAACGACAUGAUCAUGUACGUUGCGAACCAGUACGACGCCAGACGAAGCCCGCCACCUAGAUCGCGCUCGAUGGCGGACGGGGAGGAUCGAUUGUUCAGGCGGUCGAGCAGCUGUCAAAAGAAACGCGUUGGGGCGAGUUCCAUGUUCUUCCGCCGUGGAUUAACGUACGAAACGGCGCGCAAGUGACAACGGCUGUCCCCUUUCGGAUUCAAACGAAGGAUAGAACGUUGGGUCGAUCGAGUGACGCGCGAUAAAACGUAAAAGGAAUUACGCUUGAACGCUGUUGUCUUGGCUGCCGACGAAAUGGAAGGAGAUGCUCGAUUGAAGCUUGGAAGAUCGACGGGCAACUACUUGGAAGGAAACUGUGACUGGUCGAUUGGUUCUUUCUUGGAGAACGGUUCACAUAGAUGAUCGUUCCCCUAUCCGAUGAUCGUCCUUCCUGAUGAUUAAAGGGAGAAGAACUUUUUGUUCCUUGCGAGUUCACGCAAAGGAAGACCACGAUAUUAUUAUUGCAUACCUAAGUGUCGGCGUUACCUGAGAUGUCUCGAGGAUGUGGUGUACUCGAGAGGCACGGAUUUCAUUUUCGUCGUCGUUCAAUACGACCACAUGUGUACAGAACGACCGGUACGUUGCAAGGCCACGUGCUUCCGGUGUCACGUGUCGUAUCGUCUGAUAUACAUAUAUGUACCGCGAGAACAGAGACACACGCGUACUUUGGAACUAUUUUUUUAAGAUAAUAAUUCACAAUUCAGGCUCUCUCCGAAUGUCUUAAAUAUAAGCGCGGCAUCGCGUGUCGGACGCUCCAACACAACUUGAGCUAAUUUUUGUACAGAAUUCGAACGAUUUUCGAGUUCUUCCUUUCCGUUUCUCACUAGUACGGCAAUGGAGGGAAUACAUGGGAAAUGAAGGGACACACAAAAAAAAAAAAAUUGAUGGAGUAUCAAACAAAGCAAACAACGACGAUGGGACAAAGGAUCGGACUCGUAACUGUGUAAUGUGAUACGAUCUGAGGAGAGUUCUGUGUUCGUAGCAGUGGCCUGCUUAGGUGCUUAGAACCGCGGUGAUUUAAGGACGUAGACGAAGCGUCUUGCCACCACGUUUCUCAAACUACCCUCCGUGAAGAACUUUCGCCCCUCGACCGGGGUAAUAUAAUAGUAACAAGGGAAAUAAACUAAACAAGAUGAAAAGAAAACUUAUCGAACAAGAUUCGUUUUACGAGAGAGAAAAAAUAAAAAAAGAAUCGCUUGCUAUGAAACGCUCCUAUCAAAUUCGCUUUGAUCCUAGAGACAAGGUUGAGGAUAGUUCAAUGAUAGUUUAACGAGAAUAUAAUAUAAAAAGUUAAGAAGUGUAAAGAGGAGACGAUUUUGUAAAGAGAAGAGGUAUUUAAAAGAAGGGGUUGAAGUUUGAGAAACGUGAUCUCGUGGAGGGACGUUUCGAAAGCAUUCGCGGGAGACGAGGCGUGCCUUCCGUAUAUUAAUUGUUGGCAAAUUUCUGAUCUAUAAAAAAAAAAACAGGAACGGGAGAAUGCGGCCGGUAUAGAUUCGGGCAAGUGCCUCAUUUAUGCGUUUCGUUUAAAAAAAAAAAUGAAAUAUUCGAUAGAGGAAGGGGGGAGGGGGGGGAGUGGUGAAUAUGAAAAAAAAAAAGGGUGAGAAAGAGAGCGAGCGAGAGCGAAAGAGAGAAAGAGAGAUUGAGAGAGAUAUAAUAGAGACUUAUGUAAGACUUAUUCGAAGUAUUGUUGUGCACUUAUUGCCGUGCUGUGAGUAUAUUGGUUAUUAGCAAGAGAGAAUUGUAGUGUUUGAGGCACGAGUACGGUUAUUAAAAUGAAAAAAAGAAAAAAAAAAAAAAGAAAUGAAAAUAUGGAAGAAACAUUUACCGCGUUGUAACGUCUUCGAGAAGUUAUGUAUUUUUGGCUGGGACGUGUUAUAAAUCGAUUUAUAACUGUUUAACGGGCGAGAUGUGGAGGUGUAUCUUUUUCUCUCUUUUUUUUUUUUUUUUCCUUCUUUUAUUUUUAAUCCUUAAGAUAUAAUAAUGCUGCGUCGCGAAUGAAUCGCUCGAAUGCGAUUAUCAUUUUAUUCCAACAUGUAAGAUAACAAUUCUAAGGUUAAGAUCAAUUUUAAUUUUAUAAAUGUAGAAAUGCAAGGUAAAAUUUUCGGCAUCCGAACUGAUAAUAAUUUUUAUACAUUCUAAGAAAAAUACGCAACAAUAUUUAUUAGUGUAAGUAGGAAAAAAAUAAUAUGAAAGAAUUUUUAGUAAUUUCGAAUUCAUGUUUUUACUCUCGUGCAUCAAUGUUCUUUUUUUCAUGAAAUAUUGAAAAAAAAUAAUAUCU